UCCACGAAUGUGCCCAAGUACUCGGUUGAUCUUCCAUAAGCUUCGACGAGGGAACUAAUUGUCAAAUACUCUUAAAAAUUCUUCGAAUGCAGUUUAGUUGUUCUGUUACUGCGUCUGUGCUCCUGGACUGAUUCCCCACGCGAAUUUCAUCAUUUUUGUGAUUGUAAAUUGUAACAGUGGACAGUGACGGAGGAUGUGGCCCACAUGAUUUUUUUUCAUUGUAGUUUAAUGUAUAUCUCAAGGUGGACAUUGUGCAGUGUUAAUUAGCCGCGUAAUUUAGUGAGGAACUGCCGUCGUCAUCGAUGCUUCCUAUAACUCAGCUUCGUAAUAUUAAAAUGGGAUAAAAAUUAUUCCUCAUUAGCUUGGUAGCUGUACAAUUAACUGGAGCAAUUGUAUCUCCACUUGUUGCAAUUUAGAGGCUUUGUCGCGUCCCUCUGCACUCCAAUUGACGUAACAUCUAUUAAUAUCAAUCCUGGAUAUUUAACUUCCUUUCCAUAGUACCGAAACAUUUAUUACUAAUAUGAUUUCCCCUUCUUUCCCCAUUGGGCUAUUACUCAUCCGGUGUUUCCUGGGCGUUAUCUGAGUUCCCAGAAACAACAACAUUGAGGGAAAUCUCUCACCAAAACCCUCCACUGAAUUUCUGUGACCUUUCCCCUACCGACUACCCAAUGAAUUGGGACUUUUAACGUUUUAAUGAAUCAUUGAAAACUGCAGUGUACUCAGAUAAAAAAAACAGCUUCAAUAACUCGGUGUAUCAUUGUACAUGGAAGUGAUAAAAAUGGUGAAUAUGCUGUGAUAGAGUUCUCGGUAAUUGAGAAGAAAGAAAUCAAGAAAGAGAGGGGUGGAAAGCACAACGCUGCCUCGCUGGUACACAGCAUCAAAUGAUGCUAGUAGUUCUUUUAUGCGUCAUCAUGAAGAUAGCAGAGUUAUCCGUCGGACCUCUAAAUCCCUCGUUCCCUAGGGAACGACCGCCCUGUUGCGAUAAACCAAAACGCCGAUAUCGCAUCAAUGGACGUAAUGCAAACGUCAAAUACCGAUACAAUGGACGAAAAAGCAGUGGCAAGAGAAUAACAAUGAUGGAAGAUCCACAGACACCGGGCUCUGACUGCAAUUCAAAUCCAGCAGAUCCAAUCUCCCAGGAUCUCAUUGGCUCUGAAUUUAUCCAGGACAAUUCCGAUUAUCAGUGGUUCAUUGAUUAUGGCUACAGGGAUGGCGGCUUGCACGUGCAUCCAAGUGUUCUCUCUUCUCUCUCCAUGUCGUACACUCAAGAUGAUCUGGGCUACUACGAUGAUUUGGCACGAAAUCUGGAUGCCAAUCUUGCUGAAGUGGACAUGGAGAGCUUUCGCACUGCAGACAUACACACUCUCCUCACUGCUCUGCCGGUCAUGUGCACUGAUCCCGUCCAACAAUCAGAGUUCAACUACCAAAGGGAGCGUUAUGCCAGCAUUUCUGGCUCUGUCAUGGAAAAAAUUGACAUUGGCUCAUCCAUCAGUCCCCACUCCAGCAGCCAGGGAGAAGAUUCGGCGUGCUCGACGACCGAUACAAUCUCCAUAUGCAAAUCAUCAUUACUGUUCUCUCCUGUGAAAGAGACACCCGUGUUGCCUCCUGGGGGGAGCUACAGUGUCGACUCCUUGGAUUGUGAAGAUAUGCUCUUGACGUGUCAAACACAUAACAAAAAUAAUUACACAAUAGCUUUUGAGGGCAGUAUGACCAUGUACUCAGAUGCUUCUCAAGAUUUCGAGAGCCAAGAGAAAAGUCACAAGGCGUGUGAGCCACGCGAGGCUUUCUACAAUACAAAUAUCGAUCUGAAGAGUAUGAUGGAUCUGUCAAUGGCCUGUUCGGACUCGAAAAUUUACACAACAUGGAGUAAUUUGAAGCACUCGUCAGCUCAUAAAGUUAUGAUACGCCAUGGCUCUGGGAAUAAUAAUACGAUAGCAAACUUGUCACUUGCCACAACAGCUAUAAGUACAGCAGGAGGUACUGCGACUGCACCGGGAAUGGAUGGGGAUCUGUUGAACACGAAUAAAAGAAGUCACAGUUUACCGGACUUGAGGAGAGCACGAGAUGUAGAACACGUGAGUCUGUUGCCAUUGAACUUUUCAAUAGAUUCUGCUGAAUCUCAUCACCAGAAUCUCCAGAGCUCCAAUUCAGGACUGAUGAGUAGAUCAAUAAAUGAGAGCUCAACAAACAGCAAUACCUCGGGUAAAAAAAUUCAAAACAUGAGUCUUGUCAAAUUAUUCAUGAAACAAAAGAGCAUGAGUGCCGAAGGCAUGAGUCUGACCCUAGAUCAAUCCGAUUCGGCGAGUGACAAUGACUGGCCUACGAGUAAUAACAAUUGCAAUAGCCACAGCAGUAGUGGUGACACUAGUACCACCAAUACAAAUACCCAAAUUCAACGCAAGAACAUCAAUGACAAUAAGAGUAACAUUCCAGAGAAUGAUUUUGCCAUUAAUUGGUUGAAAACCGAUUGUUGUCACACGAGCAUUGGAGGAUCGAGUCAUGACACAAGUUCCUCAAAUAAUACCUCCAAACGUAUACCAUCGAUAAAAGAAUUCAAGGAGGAGUCACCGUCGGUCGAAGAAUUGUCUGAGAGCUUGUUGAAAUCGGAGGUAGACAUUGAUAAGAUUCAUUUGCACAUUGAUGAGAGACAAGCACCAACAUUAUUAAGAAAAACAACUGGUAUACAAACGAUAACAGAAGUAGAGGAGAAUGGAGUGCAGACCUCAUUACACUACCACCAAAUUCCAUCACCAAAGAAUAAUUUGCCAUAUUUACGUGAGACUCUAGUCGAUAAAAAACCAGUUUACGUUGUUUAUCCAAAUUAUACACUACCCGAUCUGUCAUUUCUCAAAGCCAAAGAAUCUCAGUUGGACAAUAUCAUUUCGCUGAAACCCCAUGAGAGACUAGGAUUGAGGAAGAACGGAAGAAAUAGUCGUCCAUUCUCAUGCAAUGACCUAGAGGCUCUCAAGCAGCGAGGCUUUUCUCAUAUCAAAGAUUGGGAGUCACUGACAUUCCUUCUCCCCUCGGAAUAUAGAAAAAUUCUUCAUGAUGUGCCUGACAUACCGAGGCACGUCAAACUCGGAGAGGAAACGAGAAAGCCCUUAUUUUGCUUAUCGCCACCAAUGCGUCAUCGCAUGAGGAUUAAUAACGAUAUCCCUACGACAACUGUAUCUUCAAGCAGCAGUACUGCUACCCAACCCUCCUCGGGUUACCGGGGAUCUUCAACAAUUUUGACUGAUUCUUCAUUGAACCAACAGGGCGGAGGGAGCACCAAUCCUCUGUAUUUAUACCGCUAUGACAGUAUGAGUUCGGAGAAUAGCCUCAUCAACCAGGACAGAAAAAACUCUUUCCACCAGCCGGUACUCUCAAAACGCUCAGUCUCUCUGCCACAGGGCGAUGAUAAAGAGCUCAAUUCCACCGGUAGAGUGCCUCCAAGGCCACCACUACCACGCAGUAUCCUGAGAAAAACAACUUCAAAUUCUAAUAAACGUUACAGCAUGUUCGAGAUGUGUGGAGUCGAGGAAACUGAGAGCAGACAAUCGUCCACUGAGUCCAAUAAGAGAAUGUCACUGCAAGAACCCUAUUACAUUAAUAAUGAUCACCAACUGUUGCGGCAUGGGAGGAUCAUAGACUCUGACAAGGAUGUUGAUGAAGUUGAGGAAAGAAGAUACGCCGAGAGGAUUAAAGAGGCUGCUGCUGCUGCUGCUGCUACUACUGCUAAUUUAAUUGUUUCAGAAAACGAAUUACCGCAUAUCGAUGGUGAGUGCAGGCGACAGGACGACAUUAAGCAGUUGGAGGAGUUUCUCAGACGAAGUGGAUUUUCGUCGAACAGUAGUGACGACGGUAGUGAAGACUCUGAUAUUAAAUUGAGAUCGUACGUGAGAAAAUUUUUGUCACUGAAGAUGAACAAGGAUAUUGCCAAGGGUGCAGAGAUGCUCGAGUCCCAGAAGAAGACGGUGAGCUUUGCUGUUCACCAGCGUAAAUCAUAUCUAGAUGUGAAAGGAGAGCAAACCAAUAAUGGACUUGGUAAUGACAAAGAGAAUAAUACUCGUAGUGCAUUGCCACUGGAUUCUCCGGAUGGCCAGCCCAUCGACCUGAAUGACAAAGUUAAAUUUAUAAAUUGCGUCAGUAGAUCAGUAGAUUUAUUGAUCAGAUAUUGGCAGUCUGAUCCGAAGGACGACUAUGAGAAGAAUAAUGAGUGUGCUCAGCUCUGUCUCAGUAAUCUGUGCCCAACUCUCUAUGCCAUGAUGACAGAUGGACUGAAGCCACAUUUGAAUUCGACAUUUGGGCCGAUUAGUAACAGUGUAUGGCAGGUUGUUGAAGCCUCCUCCCAGCAGGGCCCAUUGACAAACACUCUCAACGAUCUUGUUCAAAGAAUUAACAGUGAGGACUUCAUGACCGAGGGCAUGCUUAAAUUUCAUGCUUUCGUAUUUGGUUUGUUAAAUUUACGUGCCCUAGAUGCAUGGUUCGCAUAUUUAUGCACGAGGGAAUCCAUUCUGCGAAAGCACUACAGUACCAACAGUUUAUUUGUAGCAGCUCUGGGAUGUGCUGAUUCUCGAGAAAUCAUUGACAAUUUUCUCAGCCUUCUACAGCCACUGGCCUUUUGUCCGUUUGAGCUGGACCUUUUGUACCAAUACCGCCAGCUCCACAAUAGUUUUGGAAAUAUGAAUGGCGUUUUAAGGACUAGCGACUCAUCUAAGGAACACCAUUUCGAAAAGAACCUUGAGUAUGUAAAUCCAAGAUGUAUGAGUCCAAAGAAAAUGCGGCCCCGUUCCUGUGGAUCGUACGAUGAUAAUGGAAAAAUUGAUCCUGAGAGCAUGGUGAAGAAACGUUGGAGUAAUCUCAUCAAGACCACCAAACUACCGCUGGACGACUCGGAGGAUUAUACAGACAGUCUCGAACACUCACCCCUGUUGAAUCGAGGAAAUCGCAGCAGACAUGUAAGAACAACACCAACACCAGAUUUAAAAGCUCACAAUAAUGAUAACCAUGACGAUGACGAGGCUAAUAAUUCAAUUCCCGGUGAAUUGAAAUUCCGUAAACUCCAGGAGAAGUGGGAGCUCAUGGUUGGCAAAGAGGAAGUUAAAGAAUCGCCCUUGCCAACGCGCUCAUUCUCGCCAAAUCAAACGCCCACCAGUGUUGGUAAAUCAAAAAUUCCACGGCUGCUCACCUCCCCCAUCAAACAACCCACGAAUGCAUUGCCAGCGGUGAAUUCCAAAAAUAAAUCUCCCGUGAGUGGAAUUCCGACAUUCAAAAAAUCAAUACCCACGAGUAAACAUCUUCCCAAGAAACAUCCAGACGUCAAAUGCAAGGAGUUGCCACGGAGAACGAGUCGGGUUGAUCAGGAGCAUGUGGCUCCAACGGCGAGACCGUAUUUAACAAGACCCAGUUCGUUACCUUACAAAUCUCAUGGCAUAACUGCCAAAGAGAAGAAUUUAAUUUCACCGCAGAGACGAGCUGCAUCUACCUCCUUGCCAAGAGCAAGCAACACACCAGCAGCCCUCAAGACGAAUCCUCCAUUGAAGAAACCUCUCAAAGAGGUUCGAACGUUGUCGCACCGAUUGCCAUCUGACAAUGGCCACUUGUCAUUCAACGAAGGUGACAGAUUAAAAGUUAUACUGGAAGUUGAUAAUAAAUGGCUACUGUGUGCUAAAGGCGAUCGCAAGGGCCUUGUACCACGUUCUUGCGUCCAACCCUAUCAAACUUAACAUAUGGCCAGUCGUUCGGCACACUAACAACUUUCGUCACUGGAUAAAACGGAGAGAAAUUAACAAAUUGUGUACAGUGUAUAAAGAACAAAAAUAUUUUAAAAGCGUUUGGUAAUAUAACGGCAAAUUCAGCUUAGUGGUAUGAAAGUCAUUACCCAUUUUAAUCAAUUUGCCGCUUCUUUUUAUAAUGCUUGAUAAUUUUUUUUACUUUUCUUUUGCUAGUGUCAGCGUCAUCCCUGCUGAAUAAGUUGGGAUAAUCCCUAGUCAUUCUAUCCGAAAGAACACAAAUAUAUAUGGCAAUAUAUUUAAUUAUUCGUAAUGAUGGAGACGAGAGAGAGAGAGAGAGAAGAAGAAUAUAAUUCUGAUGAAUUAGUACAUAAUUUCAUUGUCUUUUGUCUAUAUUUUUUAAUAGUUGGAGUCUCGAGAGUCAAAUGAAAAUCACGUCAUUAAAAAAUUAUAAUUUAUAUGUAUCAUAUUAUCAUAACUUUAACUGUGAUCAUAGCAAGUAGACUCAUAAGUUCACGAACAAUAAUGGAUGAUUUUUCGGUUUAUAGCUUUGUUAAUUGUUUUGAAUGUUUAACAUCAAUAUUCUAUGUAAAAGUGUAGAAUAUUUGCGUUCUUUUUUUAAUUCUUUUUAUCUUCCAAUGUAUAAGUUUACAUUAUUGAAAUGUCCCCAAGGCAUGCGUUAUUUCUGUUCUCGUUCUUUAGUACACAUGAUUUUGCUUACUCUGUCAGACUGUGGAGCCUCCUUGAAUUGGAAAAGAAACAAAUUAUUGUAGUUAUAUUGCUAACAUUUAUUGCUGUAUGUACAGUCCAUGUGUGCCGCAGACUAAAGAGAAAAAUUUAGAGACGUCAGUGCAACUAUGAUUUGCCAAAUGAGGAAGAAAUCAUAACAGAGUUGAAAUUCAUACGGAUUUAUAAAUGAUAACAAUGCAGAAAGGGUAGUUUGUAUAUAUUCUACAUAUUAAAUGUACAAGUAUCUGACUUUGGCUUUACUGAACGAAAAUCAUUAAAUGUUGUACUCAUUACGUACUAAACUAAUGAUAAUUAUACUGUGUUUUGCGCCGGAAAAUUUGAAAUGAAUAAGCAACAAUGUACGUGAAGCUGGUAUAAAAAUACACACAAAUUGAAAUUUUAGUAACAACGCUCGGAAUUUGAAGAAACCCAUGAGUAUGUAUACAUUUACAUAAAUAAAAUGAUGAUAUUCACGAUGGAAAGAUCUUUCGUCUGUUUUAUAAAUAAUAAAUUAUCACUAUUUGAAAAUGUUAA